AUGUCUUCAACUUUUAGUGAAAGCCCCUCGCAGGCCAAAUCCACAAAGCGACUUACGGCCCUAAUCGACAACCCAUUGCGUCGCUCUCUCACCUCUUUGCGCAGAGCCAGCUCUCGCCGAUAUUCCACUUCGUCCACGUUCAUGCAAUUUCUAUCCCCAACCAAGGACAAGAUGGAUCCCGAGCUGCGUGAUGCGCUGGCCAUCCUUGAGCUGCAGAGCCUCUCUGAGCUUGAGGAAAGGUUCCUCAACACUGACGCGUUCCUUCGCCCAUGGACUAGCUUUCGUGAUACCUUCCUGCUCUUGCAGAAAGGUGUUAUGCCACCUGCCGAAGGUAAAGGUAACGUCACUAACCGAGAUGUUUUGCUCUUCUACACCUACUUCGACGAGGGCGAGAAGCGCUACGAACCGCUUUCCGAUCCCUUCUCUGUCGACUUCACUACGGACUCUAGCAAGUACGGUGUCAUCAACAAGUCACUCUGGCGUGCCGAAGAGCACGAGAAACUUCUCUACGUCUGGCUUCUGCAGACCUUCAAGGUGGGCAAGAAGUCGAAUCCUUACGGCUUCAAGUAUUUCGAAUAUCGUGAUCCGUGCAGCGCCUGGGAGAAAGCCAUACUACCGAUCGUAAAUGCUGUCCGCAAUGACUAUAGUGUUCGCGGACGUUAUCACUACGGCCGCUUCGCAAAGCUCGUUGAAAGUCUCUCACCGAGCCCGCUAGCUUUUCCUACUGGUAAUGUGGAGUCGUCCGCUCGACGGACGUACCUCACUGCGCCAAGCAGCAACCAAACUGUGCGUACCAGUGAUCUCGACCCAAUCACGAAGGUCUUGCGCCGGAAGUCGAAGCCCCCAAAGACCUUCUGGGCAGAGGAUGAGAGGGAGCUCAAGCUUGCAUAUCCGCAAUAUGGUUUUAUGGUUGAGCGACCAAAUGUGAAGGUCAGCCUUAAGGACUGGGUGAAGGAUCAGAGGGAGCGGGCGCAUCAUAGAAGGACUUUGGAAGAUCUCGAAGGCGGAUAUGAGGCCAUGGCACCAAGCUCGCCUCUCGGAAAAUUCAAUUUCGAUCUAUCACCCGCGAAAUCCAAGGACGCCGCACAUAACAGUGUCGACACAAGUGACCAGCCUUACAACGAUGGUUCGCCGGAGCGCGCGGAGUCCUCUAAGUUGAAGCCAUCUUCAUCUCACGCAACACCACGGAAGAACAUGAAGCGGCGGGAGUCAGAUGGGCUUUACUCCACCAUUCGAGAGUCCAACCCUUUCGAAUACGAGUCUUAUUCAUCUACCAAGGGGACUGAGAAAAUGAGCACUGAACCAUACAACGGAAACCCUGCAGCAUAUGCUUCCCCAUAUUCGUCGCCCGACCAACCCGAGGGCUCCAGGGCACAGAACUGGCUGGCUAAGACAGACCACACACCUAGCUCUGGCCCAGUUCGUGUACACAGUCAACGCGGCAGCAAGGAGCCAGAGCAGACAACUCCACAGAACAAAGGUCGCAUUGGCAACAAAGGUGACACCAUCGCUACAGCUCGCGUCCCAAGCUAUGAAGGUACCGGUUAUGGAGACAGUCCUUCACUUACCUCGCCCACGCCCACGCCUCUGAAUGAACCCAUUCAGCUCGAAAACCCUCGAAAGCGCGCAACCCGUAUCCCAAGCCCAAGCCACACUGGCAGGAAAGAGACUCCGCGCCGAUACCAUCCCGUAGUAGAGCGGUCUUCAUCUCGCGGCGACAGCAUACUCGCAGCCUACGAAAACACUCCCCCACCCCCAAUCCCACCCAAGAACCCCAAGCGUUACAGCAGCAUCAAAGGCCACGUCAAUGGCUCUCGCUCCCAGCAACUCCGCUCCGAAGCCGCGGAAAGCCUCAUGGGACCUCGCAUCAUCUCGAAGGAGAACAUCCGGGCCGCCGUCACCUUGUCUCGCGAGAACUCCACCGAAUCCCUGGCGAACGAGAAAAUUGAUGCCCCGCUUGCGUCACCCGCCUCCGUACAAUCGACGGGCUCGGUCGAACGCGGCUUCGCCGGGCUGGGUGGAAGGGGAAUGAAUACUGGAGAGUUCACGCCGGCUCCGACCUUGCCUGCUUACAACUCACAUAUGUUUCCGAGGAUCGGUAGUCCGGCUGGGGGAACGCUGAUGCAGAGGAGGUUUCAGCAGGUUCAGGCGUACAACAUGGCGAGACUUGACAAAAAUGGAAAGGAACAGAAGUAA